GCUCGUGCGUAAGAGCAGCGGGCGCGUGUGUGAAGAGGAAGAGCCGUGAGUCUCUCCAAAAUGGCGAUGACCAUAGAGAGUGGCAAUGCAGGAGCUGCAAAUAAGAAAAAACACCUCGGAAUCCCCGAAGCAAUAUUUGUGGAAGAUGUGGAUGCCUUCAUGAAGCAGCCGGGCAAUGACACAGCAGACGCCGUGCUGAGGAAGCUGGAUGAACAGUAUCAGAAAUAUAAAUAUAUGGAGCUCAAUCUGGCUCAGAAGAAACUCAGGUUGAAAAGCCAGAUCCCACAAAUCAAACAAACUUUAGAAAUCCUAAGACACAUGCAGAAAAAGAAGGACACUACAGAUCCCAUGGAGACACAUUUUCUGUUGGCUGAUAACGUCUAUUGCAAAGCCUCUGUCCCACCCACAGAUAAAGUGUGUUUGUGGCUUGGGGCUAAUGUCAUGUUGGAGUAUGAUAUUGAUGAGGCUCAGGCGCUGUUGGAGAAAAACUUUGCUACAGCUUCCCGGAAUCUGGACUCUCUGGAAGAGGACCUGGACUUCCUUAGAGACCAGUUCACAACCACCGAAGUCAAUAUGGCACGUGUUUACAAUUGGGAUGUCAAGAGAAGGAGCAAAGACAACCUCCUCAAAUCUGCAGAGCAGUCCUAGAAGAGGAGGCCUAGUUUGGUCCCACCCCACCUGAAUUCCUUUCCCAUCAUAAAAUUCACCCCAUGUAUCUGUUUGCACCAACACCAACUGUUAUCUAUUGAUUUAUUACUUUUUAAAGUAUUUUUUCAAGUAAAAA